AUGCUUCGAAAGCUGGUAGCUUUCAAACGUGUGGCGAGCGUAAAGGCACAGCUCUUCCGCAGCUUUUCUAACUCCAAACGAUAUUGCACUGAUGAUGAAGUGUCGCCUCCAAAGGAAAUUUUGAGUCCGCUGAAAGAGCUGAAGAAACUAAAUGUGAAGAUCCCUAAACCAAGUAAGAUGCCCCCAAGACCUUCUAUAUUUGAAACGGACAUUGAAGAGAAAUUUAUCAAGGGUGGGUCCGGGAAGGGCGGACAGAAAAUCAACAAGACGAACUCCAAGGUCCAGCUCACACACAUCCCGACGGGCCUGGUAGUCACGUCGCAGGCUACACGUUCACGAGACCAAAAUAGGAAGAUAGCCCGUCAGAUUCUUGCGCUUAAGAUCGAAGAGAUGGAGAAAGGAUUGCAGAGUAGGAAGCAGAUUCUCAUUGCCCGGAAGCAAAUGGUGAAACAGAGAGCCAAGAAGAAGACCAAGGCCAAGUACAGAAAACUAGAAAGGUCUGCGAAAGGAGGACCGGAGGCAGAAGAAGUGGAGGAUGAAGAAGUGAUUGUCAUAGUUGACGGUGAAGAAGAGGUGGUAGCGCCGGGAAAGGGGACAAAAUAG